CUGUAGCCGGCUGGUGUGGGUUAUUUACGAAUUAUGAUCCAGAUUUUCACGACUUUUCCCUUUGCUGUACAAAUAUAUAUUUUUCUAUUUUUAGCCUGCAACGUUCUAUUUCAAUCCACCGAAGAUAUUUAUACUUUGCGAAAUUACGGAAAAAGAUCAAACUGUAGCGUCAGCACCCUGUUUCCGGCAGCAGUAAGGGUGGCUUCUUUGAAUAUUGGAGUUGUCCCAAGUCUAGGACGUGGAAUUGAACUCGAAACAGGCACCAUCCAUAAGGUGCGGUCGCAGUGUCAAAAACGUGGUUUGGACGACUUUCUUCAAGUUGGAGGCUCUCGCGGCUUGGACAAUGCCAAUCUUCUCCUCGCAGAUUCUGUUUGCGGACUGGAUUCUAAACCAGAAAAACACGUUGAGAUCAUCGCUUGCGAAACUACAACUAUCCGUUUGGUUUCGAGUGGAGCUUUCGAUAAUUCUGCAACAGUGGCCAUCCGACAGCUGACACCAGAAGACAUCAACGGUUACAUGAGCGUAAUCUGUCCAUCCGAAGAACUAGUCGAAUAGGUUAAGACAAACCAUCACAUAUCUGUAAAUUAACGUGUACGCCAAGAAUAUUUUUUUGUGUAAUGUUUGUGUAAUAUAUCCAAUGUAAGCGUUC